AGACCCCCAGGGGUCUACGAGGACUUCCAAGGGGUCUACGGAAGUGAAAAAAUAAAUUGGGGGUCUAUGGCCUGUUAAUGGGGGUCUACGAAGGUGGAUCUCAUUGAAGCAUGACCAUUCAUGAAAUUAACUCGUUCACACGAUUUGUACCCUAGUUAAUCAGUUAAUCCUUUGAAUUUCAAACCCUGUUUUUUCCUGUUACCUAAAUGACUUUACCUCUUCCUAAGGUUAAGUGGUUAAGACUAUAUUUUUUGAUUGGCUAAGUCCUAAGUCUAUACUAAUGAGCCCGGCAAUAUUUUUGGAGCUGAUUUAUUUGAUUCAUAAGCUAAUUGUUUGAUUCCAUACAAAAAAAAUAUUAAUAGGGUGUCCGAAUUAAAUUACGAAUUUCUUACCAAAAUGUAUUUCGGAUAGCCAGUUUUGGACAUCAAUGUUAAUGAUCUUAUACUAUACUUAUAGUAUAUUUGUUGUUGUUUUUUUUUAUAGAGAAUAAAUGGGCAAAUGUUUGGAGUGAGCUUGGUACAUUGAAUGAAGUUAAAUGCUUAGAUCUAGACCUACUAGAUAGAUCUAAAUCUAGAUUUAUAUAGAGAGAAUAUAGAGGAUUCAAUUAGGCAAGAAUGGCUAUCCUAACCUGUACUAUACUACAAAAUCAUCUGUAUUAGAAAUUUAUUAAAUUAAUAAACAAAAAACACAAACAUUCAACACACAUCUAAUCAUGCAAACAUAAAAUAAGUCUAAAAGUCAGUAUAGAAGUCAGUAUCCCAGUGACCUAAUUUAGGUAGAAUAAGUGUGUUCAUAUUCAUAUGGUGUCUGGAAUCAAAUAAUGUAGGUCAAAUUUGUCUGAAUUUUAAUGAAAACACAUGGCCCCUUUGACCUUAAAUAUAAUAACAAAUAUAGGUUAGGGGUACAAAUAUAAGUAGUCAUCCUUAUUCUCCUAAAGAAGAUUUUGAUACUUCAUUUUCUUUUCUAUGUCGAACCAUUGUCAAAUAAUGCACUGUCAAAGUCAAACUUUGAAAUUUUGGCCUAUAGGUGUCCGAAUAGCAUAAAUCAGUGGUGCCCAACCAUUUUCGGCUGGCAGGCCAGUUUAAUUUCUGACACUCGUGUCGCGGGCCACAUCAUCGAAUAGAUACAAAAAAAAAAAAAGAAAUAGAGAAUAAACCAUUUUAAAUAGUUUUAUUAGAAACCCAUAGCACUAUUUGGGCUACGUACACAUGUAUGACAAUUAUGUAAGAUCGAUUUCAUCUGUUUUUUUAGUGAAACGUUUGUCUACUCAAUGAAGUGCUUGUAAACAUUGUGAUCGUCCGUAACACUUAAUUUAGGAAAAAUGAAAAGUUUCUUCAUACAACACGGAGAAGAAAUCAAUUACCUGCAUCGCUCUAAAUUUCUCAAACAAGGAUGUCUGGCUUUGUAAGGAAAUCAGCUCCAUUUGCACGUCUAUUUAGUUGGAAUUAUUAUCAAAGUGUUAUGAUGUGAUAUAUAUAUAUCAAUGCAGGCUGAUACUUGCACCAUGUUUUUUUUCCUGGGGUAGUUAUUAUGCUUUUGUUAUGUUUUUCCUUUUUUAAUAAUUUGUGUUUCACUUCUUUGUUUUUAUUAUGUUUCAGUGACAGGCGUAUUUGAUUUCUAUGAGAAGCUUUUGUUCACUCAUCAUUCAAGUCAUAGAAAAAGUUAACCUAUAGAAACCUAUAGAAUUUUAUUCAUCAUUUUGCUGUAGUUGCAUCUUGAAGGACACAAUUAUGGACACCAUAAAUAGCUUAACCGAGUCUAUGGUACAUGAUGAUGCAUCUAUGUUAGCCUCAUCUUUGAUCGAACAAGUUAACACUGAAGACAUUGCUUCUAUGGUGUACAUUCAGCGUGAUAUGCUUGCACGUUUUGAAAAGACCAAUGAAAUGUUAAUAAACUUUAAUAUGUUGUCUUUGAGCCGAUACGAAGCCACACUGAAACAGUUUCACAAACAUACUGGUCUUCUGUCAGAUAUGAAGAAAGACUUAGAUACUGUUUUCAAGAGAAUCAGAUUAUUAAAACAAAGACUAGAGAAAACAUACCCUGAGGCAUUUUCAGCUUGUAGCAGUGUCUAUAACAUUGUCGCUGAGGACGAGGGAGACGACACUGACGACAAUGGGGAAUCAGAGCAAAGGGCAGACAACUGUUAUCCUCUUGACUCCAAGCCUUCUGUUACAGUUACCUCCCCUCGCUAAUCCAGUUUAAAAGAAACCAACAAAUGAAUGUGAUAGAACAAAUUGUGUGUGAACUAUUUCUCAUUGACCUCACUAUGUGCAAUAGAUGUUCAGCUUUACUUGAUUUAGCAUUCUGACCGGUAGUCAUAGUCACAACUGAUUUGACCUAUUGAUAAUUCUCAUUGUGGAAUGGAUAAGGCUUAUUAGCUUAAAAGGAAUUUGUUUAUUCUGUUAGCUAAAAAUUGCUGCAGUUUAAAAGCAGAUAUUUGUAAACAUUCCCUUCUAGUUUUUGAUGAUUAGCACUUUUUUACAGAAUUCAUUUAUAAUUUUUUAAAAACUUUUUUUUAGUGUUAUGAAAAUGUUCACUUCUAUAAGUUCACAUGUCUUAUCAUUAUUACUGACAUGUUUUUUUUAUUCUUUGCAUUUUUUUUUUGUUUACACUGAAAUACUUGCAAUGGCCAUUUUAAUGUUCACAUGAGAGUGAGCACUUGAUCGCAUCACACAUGAAUAUAACUAACACAUUAUAGUGUCAUAGAGAACAAAGCCUAAUCAUCUGACCAAAAUGAGUACAUAGUUGUGAGCCACCCGAAAUAAAGUGAUGAUUGUAGGUUAAAGACAUGCCCUAGGUCCAAGUCUUGCUCAACUGUACUUUCUUUUACCCAGCAAUUCUUCUGGCAUAAUGUCAAGCUGACCUGUUCCUAUAGCCAGUGGGUAAUGAUCUGUCAUAGGUAUCAUGAUCUCAUUAACUGUUUGCAACAGCAUUCAAAUGUAUCAACCUUUCACCAGAUUUGAUUUGGAGCUGACUAUAUCACUUUACCUUUGUCUUUAUGUUGACUAAGUGAAAUAUGUUUGAAUGUCUAGAUUCUAGAUGGUAAAACCAAUCAAUUAAAAAUGUUCAACAGUAUAUUCAUUUGUCGGUUACCCAACAAAAAAGCGCAGACGUAUUUAUAAUAUGUAUAAUAAGUACAGAAUAAGUAAUUUAAGUUCAUUGAUGGUAGAAUUGAGGUAACAACUGAGUUAUUCAUGCAGGGCUUCUCAGUACAAGCACUCAUUCAUCACUAUGCUGAACCUCUGUUAUAUGCACGACUGACAUCUUAACAGGAAGCUGAGUCUGUUCAAGUCUUCAGGAAUCUCUUAGAGCUAAGAACAACUCUUGCUCCACAGAGUGUGAUAUUAGAAUUUGAGAAGGCAAGUCAAAAUGCAGUAAGCACAGUAUUCAAGGCAAUCAGAUAUGUCGGUUGUGUAUUCCAUCUUUGGACAAAGUCUCUCGGAUCAAGUUGAAAUUUUGCAUAUUUAUUUAUAGUCCACGAUAUUACAUGAAUCAUUAAAAAAUUAUCACCAAGUUAAUCAUAUAA